GGCUCGGGCAUCGGUGCAUCACGAUCAUUGACACUGACACUGACACUCGGGCCUACUUAACUAUCAAAAUAAUGCUUUAAUAUCAAUUUUUCAUUUUAAAUCGAUUAAUAAAAUCCUAUUAAUGAAUUUGAGUUAAGUUUGUAGUCACUAAAUUAUAUUACCUAACUAUAACUUCAUUAUUGAAUCAAAACAAGAUAACUCUGUGCUGUUGAAUAAAAUAUUUUUGUUGUCGCUAUUGUAUCAUAUGAAUGAUAAGAAGAAAGAACUACAGAACUCAGUGAAAAAUGCAUCAUCUAUUAAAAUAUAUAUUUUCUUCAAGCCAAUGUUGCUGUAAAAUGUAUUUACCUCAGUGCAGAAUGUGUUUUCCAACUGUAACUGCAAACAAUAAUUCAUUUUUAUCAGUCCGAUUGUAUAAAAAUCACAGGAUUAUGGCAAAUGUUUAUUUUGCGGAUGAUCGAUUUUCAAAGCGCCAUAAUAAAUUAAAAAAUGCCAUUCGAGAUAAACAGAUUAUUUUACAAAAAACUAAACAAAAAUUUCAAACCAAAGGUAAAUUUAUACUAGAUGACAUCAAGGAAACUAAAUCAAAGGUACGGGAUACUAUAAAGGAGAAUGUUUGGACAAUACCUAACAUGCUAUGUAUGACUAGAAUAAUCCUAAGUCCUUACUUGGGUUAUCUUAUUGUCAAUGGAAACUUCGAGUAUGCCCUCAGUUUUGUGGCCAUAGCAAGUGUAACAGACUUAGUUGAUGGGUGGAUUGCUAGGAAUUUCCAAGGUCAGAAAUCGAAAUUAGGUAGUUUUUUAGACCCAAUGGCUGACAAAGUACUUGUGGGUACUAUGUUUUUCACAUUGACUUAUAUAGAUUUAAUCCCAAUAUAUCUUACCGGUAUAAUAAUAUUAAGGGAUCUGGUUUUAAUUGGUGCUGCCUUCCAAAUUCAUUAUAUGUCAAUACCUAAACCUAGGACUUUAAGUAAAUUAUUUGAUGUCACCAACACCAAUGUUCAAUUAGCACCCAUGUUCAUAAGCAAGGUGAAUACUACAGUUCAACUAGCAAUGGUUUGUGCUACUUUAGCAGCUCCAGUGUUUGAAUUUGUCGAUCACCCUGCACUCAAAGUGUUAUGGUGGCUAACAACUGCUACUACAGUGUCAUCGGCAGUAAGUUAUAUAGUGCAUAGAAAAAAGACUUAUAAAAUAUUUAAUAACCAAAAAAGAUAAAUUGUUUUACCUAUCCUACACACAUAAAUAACAGUAUCUUUGACAAGAAAUGUUUUGAUUUUAAUAUAUUUAAGACAAAUUAUUAUAAAUGUAGGUAUAUAUUUACUAUGUGUAAACAUUGAAUAUAAUUUAUAAAGUAUUAUAUGUAUAAUGAAUUCCAAAAAUAUAUAAUUUUGUUCAAAUUAGUAACUUUUAUCAUAUUAAGUCCUUACAAGUAACAAUAGUUAUAAGUUAAAAUAUUUUACUGUUGAAUCAUUCAUCUAACAUUAAUUUCAGUUAAAAAUAUUAUUUUAUUAUCUAAUAAAUUAAACUUGCUAAGUUUAAAUAAUUAUUUUUGAUGUACAUUUUCAAUUUUUUUUUUCUUAUACAAUAUAAUAUAUUAUACUAUAUUCCUGUAUUUUAUGUACUUUGUCAUUUUGAUAUUAAUAUAUUGUUUUGUCAGUAGUAUUUUUUAAGACUGAUUUAGUAUUACUUUAAUGAUCGUUAAUAUUAUAAAAUUUUAAUAUUAUUAGAACAAUAUUCAUUUUUAUCUAAGAAAAAGUUUUAAGAUAUUUAAUUUGUGAAUUGUAUACAUGUACAAGUGAAAUAAUAAUUAUAGUGUCAUGUUAUUUCAAAAUACGAUCUACAUAAUAAGUGACAUAAUAUAAAAUAUAAUAUACUGUAGAAUUUGGCAGUGACGGAUCCAAGGAGAGGGCAAAGGGGCAUUUGCCCCCCAGUCUCCAUAGUUUUCCUUUGUAUUACACUGUGUUAAGCCAAUUUUGGAACUUUUUGUACUUUUGCCCCUUCAUGCCUCUCCAAAAAUUAAGCCCUGGAUCCGCCACUAGUAUUUGGCGUAUAUGUAUAAAAUAAAAUAAAAUGUAAUUUAAUAAGUCAAUAAUUUGAAUAAUAAGAAAUAUUAACACUCUGAUGUGCAUCAGCAUUAUUUCACAGAAAAAACUAUUAAGAUUAUGAUUCAUGUUCAAGAUGGAUACCUACAUGGCUACAUUAGCUCCAUAAAUGAUUGGAGUAAUAAGCUAGUAUUAAUUAUGGCCAAAUUAUUAAUAUUUUUUCAUGUAUACAUACUAUAUCAAAAACAUAGUGUACAAUGUGAUAAAAAUGUAGACAGCCAAAAUAAUUUAAAAUAUUGGAAUAUUAAUUAUUUUGAAUUAAAGCAAAUAAAACAAAUUUAUAUCAGUGAAAUUUAUAAUUUUUAAUAUUCAACACGUAACAUUUCAGAAAACCAAAGCUUAAUUUUAAUUUUAAUUUUUAAUACUAAUAAUUAGUAUAUUUUAUUACUAAUAUACUAGUAGUAAAAUUGGUGAUAAUUUGUAUUUAGUUUUUUGUAAUUAAGAUUUAAAUAUUACAUAAAUUAUACUAUAAAAUAGUGUUGUCAAAAGACAAAAGUCAAACAGUAAAUACCAUAUUAUAUAUUUUUAUUUGUUUCAAAUUAUUUUUGUAUAAAUUAUUUUAUUGUUAUAUUUAUUAUAUUAUUUCAAAAAAUUUGUUUGUUUUUUUUAUUAAACUGACAAAAACUUACUGGAACUUCUGUACCUAUGUAUUACACCUUUUAUAAUGGCCAGGGACAGCAAUACAUAUGGUGCCAAAAAAAUAAAACUGCUUUACCCUACCAUUUCACAUUAUAAA